GGGGUGGAGGGGAGGGCGAGCAGGAGACGGAGCCGCAAGUUGAGGAGGCGGCAAGGGGGCGGGGAGAGGGAUUUCACAUUUUAUUCCAAAUUAUGAUGUAUUCGGAAGCCAGUGUGGGCUUGGAUGGGCCGACGGAGCCGGCGGAGGCUGCUCUGUCCGGAGGCCAGCCUGUGCCCCGGUGGUCGAGGCGGUCGUGAGAGUAGGAGGUCUUCAGGCUGGGAGCCGAGCCGCGCUCGCCAGGGCCCGCGCCUUCAAGCCGGUAGCCGCCCGCCUCGGUUUCCGCCGCACCCAGGCCGCGUCCAUUUCUGACUGCCCCGGACCACACCGUGGCCUAACUGCUGGUCUCUCAGUGAGACGGGGGAAAGCAAAGACCCCAGUCCACAACUUGGACCUUGGCUCCCGCCCCUCUCCGGCGGAGUGGAGAUCCUAUUCAGAGGGGCCUGUCUCUCUAAAUAUGCCCCAGGAUGACGGAGCGGCCGCCGAGCGAGGCGGCCCGCAGUGACCCCCCGCUAGAGGGACGGGACGCGGCCGAGGCCCGCAUGGCCCCCCCGCACCUGGUCCUGCUGAACGGCGUCACCAAGGAGACGAGCCGCGCGGCCCCCGCGGAGCCCCCGGUCAUCGAGCUGGGCGCGCGCGGCGGCCCGGGGGGCGGCCCCGCCGGUGGGGGCGGCGCCGCGCGGGACUUAAAGGGCCGCGACGCGGCGGCGGCCGAAGCGCGCCAUCGGGUGCCCACCACCGAGCUGUGCAGACCUCCGGGGCCCGCGCCCGCCUCGGCCCCCGCGGAGCUGCCCGGCGACGGCCGCAUGGUGCAGCUGAGCCCGCCCGCGCUGGCGGCCCCCGCCGCCCCCGGCCGCGCGCUGCUCUACAGCCUCAGCCAGCCGCUGGCCUCGCUCGGAAGUGGCUUCUUUGGGGAGCCAGAUGCCUUCCCUAUGUUCGCCACCAACAACCGAGUGAAGAGGAGGCCCUCCCCUUAUGAGAUGGAGAUUACUGAUGGUCCUCACACCAAAGUCGUGCGACGCAUCUUCACCAACAGCCGAGAACGGUGGCGGCAGCAGAAUGUGAACGGGGCCUUUGCUGAGCUCCGCAAGCUGAUCCCCACUCAUCCCCCAGACAAGAAGCUCAGCAAGAAUGAGAUACUCCGCUUGGCCAUGAAGUACAUCAACUUCCUGGCCAAGCUGCUCAAUGACCAGGAGGAGGAGGGUACCCAACGGGCCAAGCCUGGCAAGGACCCCGUGGUAGGGGCUGGUGGCGGAGGCGGUGGGGGAGGGGGCGGUGCGCCUCCAGAUGACCUCCUGCAGGACGUGCUCUCCCCCAACUCCAGCUGCGGCAGCUCCCUGGAUGGAGCCGCCAGCCCGGACAGCUACACGGAAGAGCCGGCACCCAAGCACACGGCCCGCAGCCUCCACCCUGCCAUGCUGCCGGCUGCCGAUGCAACAGGUCCUCGAUGAUGGGGAUGGGGCCACUCAGGGCAGCCUCAGGCCUCAGGCCGCUGGGACCGGGGGCUUCAGCGCGGGUGGGGUGAGGAUUGGGCCUCUCUGAAGCAGGGCAGUGGACUUGACGAGCUUUCCUUGACGUCUGAACUUUGGGAAGUCCUCACUGCCCCCCCCACACACACCCCCUCCCGCCCCAGGUCUGGCUUUCCUGUUUCCUGACUCAGUGGUAGAACAGAAAAAUGGAGCAAAGUGGUAGGUACUUUUUAUGAAGACGGCACGGUCUUCCCCUCCCCCAGAUACCUAAGACUUCUCAAGUAAAGAGCUCAACUGGCA